GUAAGACAUUUGCCAAUAAUUCAAUUCGAGAGAAGAAGACCAUCUUGCAGGUUUCAUAAUAUGACACAAAGUUGACCGCUAAUCUUUGAAGGCAACAGCCAUUGUGUGAGUGUGACAACAUGUUGCGACUCAUUGCAGCUUCGUGCUUCCAUUGCCUGCGGGGACAGAUGAUUCCUCCUCUCGCGGCCAGGCCCUGUUCCAGCCUCACGCAGAAGGAGAACCAGCAGACGGUGGACGCCCUCUACAACCUGUCCGUGGACAUCCGCAAAGUGCGCAAGCUGAAGGGCUGGGUGCUCCACCAGAACCCGGCGUACGUGAGCGAAGCGGAGUCGCUCCUGCGCGGCCUGGGCGCCGAGGGCCCGGCGAUCGCCCGCAUCCUGGAGCAGCACCCCGAGGCGGUGCUGUGCAGCCCGGAUCAGAUGCACGCCCAGAGGGAGCUGUGGGCCUCCGUCUGCCCCAACAACCGCGACCUGGUGGGCAUCAUCGAGAAGUUCCCGGCCUCCUUCUUCACGUCGGCCUGUCACCACAACAACCAGCGCGAGAACAUCCUGUUCUUCCAGAGCCUGCGGCUCAACAAGCGCAUCAUCAGCAAGCUGAUGGCCGGCGCGCCGCAGAGCUUCAGCCGGCCCGUGCAGGACAACCGGCGCAUGGUGCAGACGCUGCAGGAGGCCUACCUCAGCCUGGGCGGCCAGGAGGACAACAUGAAAAUCUGGCUGCAGAAGCUGCUCAGCCAGAACCCCUACGUGCUGCUCAAGUCGCCCGAGGCCCUGCGGGACAACCUGCUGUUCCUGCGCGACCAGGGCUUCAGCAGCGCCCAGCUCCUCCAGCUGCUGGCCAAGCUGAGGGGCUUCGUGACGGAGCUGAACCCCGCCAGCAUGCGCCUCACGCUGGACUACUCGCGCGAGGCCAUGGGCUGCUCGCAGGCCCAGCUGCUGGAGAUGGUGCUCAAGUGCCCGGCGCUGCUCUACUACUCCGUGGCCGUGCUCGCCGAGCGGCUCCAGGGCCUGCGCUCGGCCGGCGCGAGCCAGGAGCAGAUCGUGGAGACGCCCACCGUCUUGGAGCUCACCACGCAGAUCGUCAGCCACCGCAUCCAGAACCUGACGGCCUACGGCUACGACAUCCGGACCGGCAGCCUGGACGUCCUCAACGGAACCAAGAAGGACUUUGAGGCCAGCCACGGGAAACUGCAGCUGCGGAGACAGCGGCCGCACUUCAACCCUGUGGCUCCGCUGAAGGCAGAGGACUGAGUGCGAAUCUGGACACUGAUGCUGUUAAUUACCCAGUUGACCAGUGAGACCAGUGCUACUACAGUGGAACUGCACAGUACAGUGAAAUAAUGUUGUAUGAGUGUUUUUUGUUUAAGAUGGGUCCACUGGUGGGUAACUGUGGAACCAUGUAAGUAGCCAUGGAACCAGCUGAGCUAGCUAUGUUUCUGUUGGUAUUAUAUGAUGGAGCUGAUGGGCGCACUACAACAAUCAUUUUUGUGAGUCCUUGAUACAGAUAUGCAGCAGCACUCUAUAGAUGUAGCAUGUGCAGCCUAUUCAACCAAGGCUAAACCAAAUCUGCAACAAGGUAUCACAAGAUGUCUUUUUGUGUUGAUAAGUGUUGAUAAGUUGUUUGUACAAAAUGACAUUUUGGACGCAAAAAUAAGGAACCUCAGUGCAGAUCUGAGCUGAGGGGCCAAAUCUCCUGGUAGCUUGGCCUGAUUUCUUAACUUUGGGGCCAUGCCCAACAAAUCUCCAUCUGGACACACACUAUCCAAGAGUGUGGAGAGAUGCAUCCAUAUGUUUACUCAAAUU